AUGGCUAGCAGUGGUAUUGAAGGACUCAAAGGUACUUGGGAUUAUGUUGACGGUGAACAUUUUGAUGAAUAUAUGAAAGAACUUGGUGUUGGAUUUGCCACACGUAUGGCUGCUAAAGGAAUCAAACCUCGUCUUGUCAUUAGUGAAAAUAAUGGCAAAUGGACUGUACGAUCAGAAACUUCACUAAAAACAACAUCCUACGAUUUCACACCUGGUGUUGAAUUCAAUGAAACAACACCUGAUGGACGUGAAGUUAAAUCGACUAUUAAAUUUGAAGGUAACAAAUGGGUUCAUACAACAAUUGAUAAAAGUGGAAAGAAAUCAGUUGUAACACGAUAUAUUGAUGAUAAAGAUCAACAAAUGAUUGAUAUGGAAUGUGGUUCAGUUAAAGCUCGUCGUUGGUACAAACGUGCCUAA